AUGGUUGUUUUUUUUUUAAUAGUAAGUCGCACGAGUGCUCACCUUACGGCCCGCGAGCGACGCGCCGCCCGCCGCCGCGUACAUGCACCGCGGCCGCGCGCGCUCACUCGCGACGCGCCCUCAUCGCACGCGGCGCGUUGGCGGGCAAGCGACGCGCCCGCCCCGCCGCAUCGGUGCCCCUACUCACGUGCACCUACAACACCAGGCACCGUUAACAGCACUCGGGCCCCGCCUCGAUGGCGUGACGUAAGCGCGUUAUCGCCGCACUGUACGAGCCGA